AUGUUUUCUGCUCCGCUCUCUAGGAAAUUUCCAAUGAGCGAUCAGUCGACCGUCUCGGUGCGGGGCAAUGCGGAAUCGAUUGUGGGAGUGUGUGUACUCGCCUGCCUGUGGAGUCUCCUACGGAACCGCGUGGUACUAUCGGGGCUGCUUUUUGGUGUUUGUGUCCACAUCAAGCUCUAUCCUGUCAUCUACACGCCUGUCAUCUAUCUUCAACUCUGCGACCCAUCCUAUCCCAUCCUCCAUCUUAAGCCCACGAGACGUCACUGGUGCUUUGGACUUGCAAGUCUUGCUUCCCUUUCUGGACUCACAUGGGCUGCUUACGCUGCCUAUGGAUGGAUCUUCCUGGACCGUGCGUACUUCUACCACUUUAUCCGUGUCGACCUUUGGCACAACUUCUCACCUCACUUCUAUCCUAUCUAUCUUUUCGAGGGAGUUCUGGCGCUCAAUGACACUCUCUACGACUCUAGCCUUUUCCCUUAUAACCACUUCCCUGUUUGGCUUCUUGAAGCCUUUUUUUGGCCCGUCACUCUCCAGCGCCUCUACACUCUCUUUAAAGUUUUCAUUGUAGUUCCCUCAGCUCUUCUCGUUACUGGUCUCUCCUUCCGUUUCUGGCGCACUCCCAGUUUCGCUUGGUUCGCCACAACAUUCGCCUUCGUCGCUUUCAACAAGACUCACCUGUGCGCCGAGAUAAUGACAAUUUGCUUAUCGAUGGCGCACUGUCGUUUGCACCACUUGGUGAAGCAGUUUUACAUGCAACUGAGCUAA